AUGGAGAAGGCAGGCAAAUGGCUGAGAAGCCUUCUUACAGGCAACAAGGAGAAGGAGAAGGAGAGAAAUGGCAGCAAGCCGACCACAUCGUUGACGGUGGCAGUCCUAAAGGGUAAGAGAAGAUGGAGUUUCCGCAGGCCCACAGCUACAUCCAAAGACUCGCAAUCUCCGGAGGUCGACAAGAGACUGCACGCCAUGGUGAUGAAGAUUGAGGAUAAUGCAGCGAUGAAGAUCCAGGCUGCUUUCCGGUCUUACCUGGCAAGGAAAGCUCUCUGUGCUUUGAAGGGUCUGGUGAAGCUGCAGGCCAUGGUGAGAGGGCAAAUGGUGAGGCAGCAGGCGGCCACCACUCUCCGUUGCAUGCAGGCGUUGAUCACAGCUCAAGCCGGAGUCCGAGCACAAAGAACUCGGAUGCUCGAGGAAGCCCAGGGCACCUCGCAGAGCGCGAAGGCGGUGGAGAUGGAUCUUGGAGAAGGAUGCAGCAGUUGGAGGAGCAGGCGCAGCUGCUCGGCCUUUGCAUGUGUUCGUGCUCGUGGAUCACUCGCGGACGUGAGCCCGAGAACUUGCAGCGGCCGCUUCGAGGAGUUCUCCUUCACGACGGCAGGGAGCAGCCCUCGGUGGUCGUCGGCCUGCUCCAUGCAUCAUACGCCGAUGUCUUCCUUCGGCGCUUCACGUGACUGCGCCUUCCCGAACUACAUGGCCAACACGGAGUCUCGAGGGCGAAGGCUCGGUGGCAGAGCGCACCGAAGCAGCGGGCGGAUAUGGUUGAGAUGA